AUGGAGAACGGUGGUGUUGACGAGGCGUUGUCCUCGAUGAUGGGGAAGGAGAAGAACUUGGUGCUGUCUCUGCUGUGUACCUUCGGGAGCUGGUACAACAGGUCGGGAAGCGCUGAGAAACACUAUCACACGUUUAGUCACACUAACUCCUCAGACCGGCUGGAGAAACAGAGGGAGCACUUUGCCAGAGAGUGGAACAUCUUCCUGCCUCCUCGCCACACGGGGGCACUGAAGGUGUGUCCCGUCCUGGCCUUCGUAGCAGCCUUGUUGGUUGUUCCUGUCAUCCUGGGUAAGAUCUUGACCAGCCCCAGAAUGCGCCAACAGACCCGCUACCUCCUGCUGGCCAACUCGUUGCUUAGCGACAUGGUGUUUUUGUCUGUGUGCAUGCUGAACUCCUGUCUGAUUGCGGCGGGUGUGCUGAUGUCUCAGUGGACCUGUGCUACCAUUCUCUUCCUGAUGGGGGCGUUAUACAGUGUGGGAAUCCUCAGCACCAUGGCUAUGGUCCUGGACACUUUGCUGGCUGUUCUAGUGCCGCUUCGGUACCUAGCCUUGUGGCCCGUGUCAAGGACGAGGCAGGUUGUGGUGUGCAUCUGGGCUGUGUCGGUGCUGUUCCCAGCAGCCUCGGUGGGGGUGUAUGUGUGGUACCACUCCACAAACCCCUGCUCCCACCACAUCUGCUCUCUGCCCCUGCUGCUGGUCCUCACCGUCAGCCACUCCACACCCCUGCAGGCCUCCAUGCUCCUGACUGUGACGAUCAUCCUGCUGAUCCUGUUCCUGGCCUUCUCUGGAUACUUGGCCCUUUACUGCCACACGCACAUGUCUGGGGUCUGGAAGGGGGAGCGCUCCAGCCGGGCCAAGGGCACCUUCCUCAUCCACUACCUCCACCUCUUCCUCUCCUUCUGCCCGAUGCUGGUGCUGGUCAUCGAGCUGCUCAUCUACUCCUUCCACAGGCCCCUGGACCUGCAGGCUGAUCUCUGGGUGUCCCUGGUGGUGUGUAACGUGCUGCUGGUUCUGCCCAAAGCCCUGGCGCCGUACCUGUAUGGCCUGCGCUACAGAGACCUGCGGGCCCCGCUGCACGCCGUCUAUAGCCUGAGGAGGCCCACCGGCAUCACCCCCGUCGUGUGA